ACUGCAGACGAAAUUUUGUGAAAGAGAUUAUCAAAUCUUUUUAUUUUUUAAUAAGCGAUUGGAAACAGUGCGAAAUAUAAGUCGAUCAUAUCAGCAAAAGAUAUUCCAAGAGAAACGUGCAAGAAUUAGAAGGUUACUUUUGAGCCUUCUUCGUGGAUAGAGGACUUUCAUUGGAUUUUAGGAUUCAGAUUGAACUCACGGACGAAACGCUGCGUAGAAAAUGAAGAAGAAGGUUCUAUUAAUGGGUAAAAGUGGCUCUGGAAAGACCAGCAUGCGGUCUAUCAUAUUUGCCAACUACAUCGCAAGGGACACCAGACGGCUAGGAGCGACAAUCGAUGUGGAGCACUCUCAUGUGCGCUUCCUUGGUAACCUGGUGCUCAACUUGUGGGAUUGCGGUGGUCAGGAGUCAUUUAUGGAGCAAUACUUUGCUUCCCAGAAAGAUAACAUUUUCCGCAAUGUGGAGGUGUUGAUCUAUGUGUUCGACGUGGAAAGCCGCGAACUAGAUAGAGAUAUGCACUAUUACCAGUCCUGUCUGGAGGCAAUUUUGCAGAAUUCACCAGAUGCUAAGAUUUUCUGUCUAGUCCACAAAAUGGAUCUGGUGGCUGAGGAACAACGUGAUAUUAUUUUUAAAGAACGCGAAGACGAUUUAAAGAGAUUAUCAAAGCCGCUGGAAUGUACAGCAUUCCGUACCAGCAUAUGGGACGAAACGUUGUACCGAGCUUGGAGUAACAUCGUCUAUCAGCUGAUUCCGAACGUGAAAGCGUUGGAACACUCACUGAACUAUUUUGCCAAUGUGGUGGAUGCCGAUGAAGUGCUCCUUUUCGAACGGGCAACAUUUUUGGUAAUCUCUCAUUGUCAAAGGCAGCAGCACAGGGAUAGUCAUCGAUUCGAAAAAGUUUCCAAUAUUAUCAAGCAAUUCAAGCUAUCGUGUUCAAAACUGGGAGCGAAGUUUUCUUCCAUGGAAGUGCGAAACAGCAUAUUUGCUGCAUUCAUCGACACCUUUACUAGUAACACGUAUGUCAUGGUAAUAAUGUCCGACCCGUCUAUCCCGUCGGAGGCAACAUUGAUCAAUAUCCGAAAUGCUAGGAAGUACUUCGAGGAGUUAGAAAAUCCGAACAACACUUUAAGCUCGAGCAACGCUAUUCAUACAGCGGCCACACAUGUUAGCCAUACCGGAUUGGUCAAUGGUAGUUCUUCCCACUACUAUUCACAUCAUCAGCAGCACCAGCAGCUCCAGCAACAGUUCCUUCAGCAGCAACAACAGCUUCAACAGACGCAGCAGUACCACAAUUUAAACAAUCCGUAUCACUGAUAUUUAAUCAAAAAGAAGUACUUUUAUUUCAAGUAACCCUUCCGCAAGCGUCGCAUUAGCGUUGCUAUGAUAAGUACACUUCCCUGUUCUAAGAUUACUCCUAUGAUUUCUUAUGCUGGUAGCUGAUAAGCCCAAACAACUAAUCUGGUCGCCUUUCGUACAUGAUUAUGAAAUCAAAAAAUAGUCUAUUGCAAUUAUCCGUUUCUUAGCCAAACGAAUUGUUAUGCUUUAAUGAAUACUAAGUAAAAAUUGUAUAAAAAUAAGUAAAACGAUCAUUGGAUUGCCAACUCCUCGCGUUUGCUCGACGACCGUUUGAUCGCUAAAGCCAUGUUGAUUAAAAAUCACUUUGUUAAAUAUACGAUCUUUCUAGCUUAUCCGCUAUUGUUUUUCACCUAGUGUCAGUAAUAUAAGAUCAAAAAUAAACCCAACAAAUGCAAAACGGAUAGACAAAACAGGCUAGAAUUUAAGAACCAUACCUGUAAAAUAUUGGGAAAAGUCGCUCUGAGAGAAAAUA